AUGCUGCAUCUAAUCCUCCCCCCUCCCUGUAUCCCACCACGGCUGCCCGAUCCGACAAUUUCAGGUGGAUUAACAGCAUACGCCUCGUGCAUGGGGCUGCCUCUCUUCCGCCGCCGCAUUAAAGGCUUCUCCAAGUACGCUCGCCCUUCCCUGCCCUCCAUAUCUCCCCUCAACCUCUCCCUUUCCCUCCCUCCCACACCCCUCCCCUCUCUCUACCGCCGCCGCAUUAAAGGCUUCUCCAAGUACGCUCGCCCUUCCCUGCCCUCCAUAUCUCCCCUCAACCUCUCCCUUUCCCUCCCUCCCACACCCCUCCCCUCUCUCUUCCGCCGCCGCAUUAAAGGCUUCUCCAAGUACGCUCGCCCUUCCCUGCCCUCCAUAUCUCCCCUCAACCUCUCCCUUUCCCUCCCUCCCACACCCCUCCCCUCUCUCUUCCGCCGCCGCAUCAUAUGCUCCUCCAAGUAUGCGCGCCCCGCCCUCCCUCCAUUUCUCAUCUCACCACAUCCCUCCCUCUCCCUCCCACACCCCUCCCUCCUCUCUUCCGCCGCCGCAUCAAAGGCCCUUUCCAAGCACCUAUCAAUGAGGCACAGCACAACAGCAGGAGACGAGGAGGAGGACAUGGAGGUGCUGCUGCUCCCCCUUUCACCCUCACCCCAUCCUGUCCUCCGUACUCUCUCGCCCCACCCGCACCUCCACAUUAAACGUUCUCUCCGCCAGGCAUCUGGCCAUGCGGUUCCAUCCGACAGCAGGAGACGAGGGGAGGACAUGGAGGUGCUGCUGCUUCCCUUGCACCUGGCAAUGAGGUACAGCACGACAGCAGGGGAUGAGGUGGAGGACAUGGAGGUGCUGCUGCCUCCCUUCCUCGUCGCACACCCCACACUCACCACGUUGCACCUGGCCAUGAGGUACAGCACGACAGCAGGGGAUGAGGUGGAGGACAUGGAGGUGCUGCUCCGGGUCGUCAAGAAACACCUCCCAGCCGUGCAAGGCGUGUCAGUGGGAGCGAUAGCAUCAGAUUAUCAAAGGGAGAGGGUGGAGCAUGUGUGCUCGAGACUGGCCCUCACCCCCCUCGCCUACCUGUGGCAGCGACCACAGAAGGCUCUUCUAGAUAAUAUGAUCGCAUCGGGCAUCCACGCUAUUCUCAUCAAGGUGGCGGCACUGGGCCUAAGACCGGAGAAGCAUCUGGGGAAGCGGUUGGAGGAGAUCCGAGGCACCAUGCAUGCGCUCGCAGGCAAGUUUGGAGUGAACGUGUGUGGGGAGGGUGGAGAGUACGAGACACUCACCCUCGACUGCCCUCUCUUUAAGGUACUGUGGACAUACUCUUUAAGCAAAGCACUGCCUUCCUCUCCCGCUCUUCACGUCCCUGCCGCUCACUCCCUCCCUUCCCAUUUCCCACCAUGCAUACAGCAUGCGCGCAUAGUGGUGGACAGCUCUCACAUCAUCCUGCACUCGCCAGACCCCGUUGCGCCUGUGGGCGUGCUGCGAAUCACAGCCUUCCACGUGGCACGCAAGACCCAGGACGGGGCUGCUGCUGCUCCUGCUGAUGCUGCUGCUGUUCCUGCUGAUGCUGCUGCUGCUGACGUGGCGCUCCCUCCUCCGGUGAUCAUUGAUGCCAAUGACGAGGAUGCUCUUAACGAGGAUGACAAUGGCACUGCAGUGGUGCCAGCAAGGGGAGCAGCAGGCAGGGAUUCAGCAGAGGGAGGAGAGGGAGGCAAAGGAGAUGGAGUGCGGGUGGCAGUGACGGUGCAGCGGCAUGGGUUCACCCUCAUUGCAUGCGACACAGAGGGGCAUGAUGCAAAUGAUCUGGCCUCCCGUCUCCGUCUCCCACACCCAGCGCUCCCUCUCCCUCUCCUGACCUGGCCUCGCAUCUCUCCAUCGCCCUCUCCUCCAUCUCCCACACCCUCCGCUCGCUCUCCCUCUCCCUCUCCUGGGCCCACGCCUUCUCUACGUGCACCUCUACCGCGCUCACACGGCGCACCUUUCCCUUCAUCAGACUCUAAAACCGUCUACCCGAUUCUUAUCCUCUGUCCCGUCUGCCCUCUCCCCCAUCUCCCCCAUCUCCCCCUUUUCCCCCACCUUCCCUAUCUCCUCCAUUCCCCUCCUCUCCCCCACCCAGAUCUGGCCUCCCAUGUCUCCAUCGCCCUCUCCUCCGUCUCCCACACCCUCCGCUCCCUCUCUCUCUCCUGGGCCCACGCCCUCUACGUGCACCUGUACCUCGCUGACAUGGCGCAGUUCGGCGCCGCCAACUCAGCGUACGUGCGCCACAUCACCGAGGCCGAGUGUGUGGACGGCGUGCCGUCGCGGUCCACUGUGGAGCUGCCACUUGGCGCGUCGUCAUUGGGCGGCAGCGGGGGAAGCAGCACGGAAGGUUCUCGGAAGGGAUGCAGUGUUGCAGUUGACGUGGUGGCAUGGGGCAGGGGGGCAAGCAGUGUGGGACGAGGAGAAGGAGAAGACGGGGGAGGGAGUGGUGGAGAGGAAGGGGGGGAGCAGCAGGAGGGACAGGGGCGGCAGGAGCAGCAGCAGGAUGGGGGAGUGAGACAGCACGGAACGAGGCAGCGGGGGGAGAAGCACGUGGUGCAUGUGAAGGGCGUGUCGUGCUGGGCGCCCUCCUGCAUCGGCCCUUACAGCCAGGGCGUGUCCUGCUGGGCGCCCUCCUGCAUCGGCCCCUACAGCCAGGCUGAGGGGUGGCUGAGGGGCACGAGGCACAACGGGGUGGCUGAGGGGCUUCUCCCUUCCUCUCCUCCAGCACUCCAUUUGAUUGGAUGGGGCGCACACGAUCUGGAUGGCGCCUGUGAUGCUGGAUGGCGCCUGUGA